AUAAGUUAUCUGGUUGUAUAUGAUUAUAUUGAAAGAGCGAAUUUGGAGUAAAUCUACAUGAUUCACACAGAGCUUCAUAUUUAAGGAAAGUGUUACAGAAAUUGUUAGACAUUUAAUUGAGUGGAUACUCAUGUCUGGAAAUACAAGCAAUGAAAUAAGAUAAAAGCGUUUUUAUAACACUGACAAUGGCGGCGAAAUUACAUCGAUUCCUGAAGCUCAACGAUCGAUUUGAUUCCCAAGUGUUCACCUUUGUUCUGCCGGCAAAGCUUGUAACGGACGACAAUCCCGAUGCAUACACGAAAGACGUCGUUUACGGCUACCAUAAGUGGACCGUCAGUAUCACUCGAACGGACGCGCAUUUAGGAUGCUUUCUCAAACUUCAGACGGCCGGAAAUGGUAUGAAGUGCCAGAUCGACUUCUCGUUUACAUUACUGAACCGAGAACACUUCACGAGAAACGAAACGUUUAUAGAAAAGGCGUGCAUAUUUACACCGGAAUCUAAUCAACAUGGACGUAAAGCCUUUAUUGCGUUGAAUGACUUAUUGGAAAGAGAGUUUGCUCAAGUAGCCGGAGAUUAUCUCAUAGAGUUAGAAAUGAGAAAAAUAAAUUGCAUCUUCGAGUGUUUCAUACGGCUUCCAAAGGAGCAGCAACACAAUCGCUUACAGACGUACGACACGAAGCUUGAAUCAUCGUAUUUCACGUAUGGCCUUUUUGACUGGAGCAUUUCCCUAUCCCAAAUCGAGUCCACUAUGCAACAGGAUGAAACUUUAACUUUACAACUGCAUCGACAUACUAGUUUUGACCACGUAUGCAAUGUCAGGUAUUAUAUCAGUAUCGGCGAGAGUGACGGAUUCCAGUCCGAAGAGCUUGACCAGCUUGUUGACCUUACAGGAAAUGGUGACCUCUACGUCGUGAACGGGUCACUCCAGCAGCUUGCCAAGGGACGGUCAUCUCUCAAGGUCAAGGUCAACAUGGUCUCCGUUGUUUCAAUCAGCGAAGUGACCUUAAAUGUGUCCACUAAGGGGAAGACUCGAGCUCAUUUGUACGACAAAGAUAAACAGGCUUGGUUGAUGGAGGCGGACACGAGCGGGAAGACGCUUUCAUUCCGCCUGUACUACACAGAUAUCACCCACGUGCCUCGCAAAUACAGCCGCUACGUCUGUUGGAACGUGUUAGUCCUAACAAGGUACAUUCCAGAUCACAAAGUAAAGACAAACUACGGCCCUUUUAGUCGGUAUUAUAUACAGCAAGACUUGGACGAAGGCCACCUCAUUACAACUUCAAUACCUGUUAAUGAAUUGCAAGAUGACAGGUGUCUGUUUACGGAGCCAGGCGACCAAGGAAUCACCGUGCACGUGGAAUGGGUGGACUCACACUUGCUUGCCACGCCCAAUUACCACGCCUUUGAUGACGUGGACAAGCUACAGAAGCAACAGAUGAAGAGGGAAAUACUUGCUCUUCAGUCUGAGAACCUCGUGUUGGAAAAGCAGCUUCACAGCUAUCAAAUGUCGCUUGCGAAGUCAUCUGACAAGGACUCCGGAUUUUCUACCGGAAGUAUUCCAGAGAAAACGUCUACCACAUCGGAACAAUCGCCUGUUUCCAAAGAGAGAAAAUCAUCAGGGGACAGACGUAACAUUCUAAAUGAAAAGUCUACCAAUCCGAAAAAGUAUGAUGUUCCAAUGCCAUCUGACGUGAUUUCAGCCAAAUCAACAUCUUUCUCGGAUAGGGUAAGAUCACCAGCUGAAAAGGUACCGGCUUCUAAAUACAGCAACUUACCAGAACAGUACGCAUACUUAAAAGAGAAAUCAAACGGAAAGUCUGCGCUUAAAAACGACAAAAUACAACCAAGUACGAACAAACCUGAUUCAGGUUCAGAAAAAAUUACUCAACAAGCAGAAAAAUCAUCAUACAAACCUCCUGAUAAAUACAGCGGCAUGACAGCUUCAAAAAAUGUCAUGUUCGAAGAAAAAACUGGCACAAAUUCUGAUAAGUACAACACGCCAUCUGUACGGCAAGUCUCUGACAAGCAAAUUCCCACGAGCGACAAAUAUGCCACUGUUGUAGACAAAUCACAAUUAUCUUCGACAAAGUAUGGCGCUGUCGUAGACAAAUCCACGCCAUAUUCAGACAAAUAUGGCGAUUCAUUUGAGAGGUAUUAUGAUCCCUAUGGAGACCCUGCAGACAAGUUCGACAGGUCAAGAGAUAAAAAUUAUGUCGGCGUCGACAAAUACGGUUCAAUGGGGGACAAACUGUAUACAUCGGACUUGACCGCAGACAAAGCAUACACAUCUGACAAAUACAAUGCAAUUGGAGACGAAGCGUAUUCCUCUGAUAAAUACAGCAGGUCGAAUGACAGACCAUACAAUAAGGCAGAGAAACCAUACGGCACAUUAGACAAAUAUUCUUCAGCGGUAGAACAGCCAAACACUUCAUCCGAAAAAUACGUCCAACCACCUGAAAGGUCAUUCCAAACAUAUUCUGAAAAGAAUAGCGUCACAAGAAAUGAACGAGCCAACUCUUCCUCGUCGGAUAGAUCAGAAAGGUACAGAACAGUGGAUUCCACGUAUUCGAAUGCAGAUAAAUAUGAAUAUACACAGGACCGGUACAAACCCCACGACAGCCCUAGACCGUCCUCUUACGAUGAAAGAAAGGGCUCAAGGGAAAGUAUUAGGCGAGAAGGAAGAAGGAGCUCUAGGGAGAGGGGUUAUGAAAAGGAAAGCUCAAAAUCUGAGGAAAGGAUGUCGUACAGAUACAGAUAACUGUUACUGCUCCACUCUGCACAUGUUUCUAUGCAAUGUUAUUUUAAUCAAAAUGAUCGUUCGUAUACGUUAUGUUAUCAUUUUAAUUACAAUACUAAUAUACGAAUAAAAUUUUGUUGGUUCGGAAUGCAAGAUGUGGGUUCGUCAAUUAUUUAUAUAUCAUAAUUGACAUGAUUUGGUUUAUUGACAUUACAAUAACUACGUGUGUUUUAUUUAUCAAAUUAUCAUUUUGUCCUGAAGAUAUUUCAGUAUUUGAAAUUGCACAUGUAAUCG